UAUCGCUCGUUAUAAAUAUUGAUAAAUAGUAUGUAUAUACCUUUUGCCAGCAAUAUUCUAAUGAAGACGAAUCUGAUGUUUAACACUAUUUUCUUUCACAAUUUCUGCACCGACGACUAGAAGCGUCCGUUGUUCUACGAAGUUGUUGCUUGUUUAGUGAACAAAUGCUGCGCGAUUGUCGAUAACACUCGAGCCGGUACGAUUCAAUGUCAAAAUUUAUGUCGUUUCAAUAUAGGCAACCGAGUAUACGCCUAGCCGGUCGACGGGCAACGGCAGCCGCACGAUCUAAUAAAUCAACCCGUUCGUGAUUUUAAUUUUUUCUUUCGUUGCUGAUAUCAAACAAAUAAUACGACGCUGUCGCGCUAAAAUUCGCCGAAACAUGUCCAAACCGAGGGAAGCCAACAAGAACAGCUACUGGUCCAACUACGCGAGUCGUAUUAUCCUCAACACAGCCUCACAUCCCAUCGAAUACGCUAAAGUUUUGAUCCAGCUUGGCUACGAGCCAAUCCCACCACGCCCAUGCACAACGUUUUUCGGCAAACCGGCGCUGAAAUUACCGAAUAUAUUUGACUAUGUAAAGCAUAUCAAAACCGUGGAUGGAUUCGCGGGGAUGUACCGAGGGCUUGUCCCUAAACUAUGCGGUAGUCUGGUAUGUGCAGUCACUACAGAGAAGGUUCUACAAAGAUACGCAGGGGAAGUGAGUAGAGACGAUGAUGAAGAACAUCAGCAAAACGUAGAGGAUCCACGCGGGAAGUUCGUCAAGGACCUCAAACGGGACAUUGUUAGUCGAACCAGCGCCAUCAUCAUUAGCCAUCCUUUUCAUGUGAUCACCAUUCGGAUGAUGGCACAGUUUGUUGGCAAUGAAACCAGAUAUAUGGGUUUAUUUAGUUCAAUUGGAGAAGUUUACAAAGAAAACGGAAUCCUAGGGUUUUUCUCAGGACUAGUACCACGAGUAUUGGGUGAUAUUAUUUUCAUUCUACUAGCUUCUUCGCUCACAUUUGCAGUUAACUCCUACGUCUUUGAGGAACCAGACUUGCAAAUGUAUACAAAUGCAACUAUGUCUUUCCUAGCAAGUGCCAUUACUUACCCAUUCCAAGUAGUGUCCAACUGCAUGGCGGUGUCCAACUCAGGUCUCGCAGCCGGCAUGCCACCACUGAUGCCGAUGUACUCCAACUGGUCCGACUGCUGGUUCGACCUCUCCAAUCGCCAGCAGCUGAAACGCGGUUCUAGUCUCCUCAUCCGCUACUACACCGGCCCGCAGGUGAUCAUCAGCGGCCGGCCUGUACCACUGCCAAAGAACGACAACAUGAAUCUAAGUUAUUAAUCGUUGCAUCACACCGAAGAAAAAAAAAAGAUAUUUAUAGCAUUUCUUAUCGUCGUUCUGUAACGAGAAUUGUUAAAUUAAACAAAAUCUACACACGCUGCGGCCAUAUUGGAUUUUCUGUGUUUAGCAAAAAGGAAAAUUCCAAGUUUUACUAUUUUAAUUAAAUAGAAAACAAUUACACUAGUGGUUGUCUCUUCGUCUAUUCUGUCUGUAAAUAUAUUUUUGUUUCAAA